AUUUAAAAUCACUAUAAGAUUUUCAUGAUAUUGUCUCUACAGAUAAGUGACUUGCCUCUCAUUCAACCAAUAACAGAACCUGAACCUGAAACAACAGAGACAAGCAACUUGCCUCUGAGUCAACCAAUCACAGAACCUGAACCUGAAACAACAAAUGAUUUAGAGGAGUGGAGAGCUCUAAGGCGACAGCAAGACCAAGAGUACGAACAAUCACUGAGAGCUGAUCAGGAAAAGGAUCGGAGGACAGAAGAAAUAUCUCAAUAUGAAGAGAGGCGCUUAAAGAUAAUAGAGGAAAGACUUAAGAGGUCAGGUGAAGAACCAGCUGAUGGCAUAACAUUGAAAUUUACUCUCCCAGAUGGCACAAUGAAAAUUAGACGGUUCCAAGUAUUUGAUCAAAUGCAGGUCCUGUUUGACUUUGUGGGAACACAUUCAUCGGCCACAGAGUAUUUUUAUAUAAGGGAAGCUACAUCAGCAGUUUCAAUAUCCAGCACAGUUCCUGGGACUCUUCUGGAUCAUUACUUGAUUUCUCCAUUGAACAUCCAUGUUCGAUGGAUGGAUAUGGAGGAUGUACAGGCCAUCUUCCACCAACAAAAUCCAGUUCUUUUGCCAGGCCCAGAAGAAUCUGAGUCUAGUGAGGUUCAAUAUGACGUUGAAAUAGUGGAAUCUAUGAUUUCAGAUGAAAUUCACGCUGAGGUUGACUUAGAAAUCAUGGAUUCUGCUUCUCAAGAAGUAGUGUACUCGAUUCACAGUGAGACUGCCUCAGAAAUAAUUGAUCCUGGACCAGAAAUAUACACCAACUACAUUGACAUGAAAAUGAUUUACCUGAGCCAGAUGACCAAGAACAGCAAGAUGCUUCUGAAGUCGUGUAUUUGGAGGACCUUGUCUCUUCUACAGAGGAGAUACUUUUGGAGCUUGGGCAAGAAAUAAACUACAACUUAAGCUGCAGAUUCAAUAUUAAUCGAAAAAAUGUACUAGAUGGUGCAUUCAGAGCAUUUGGACGUAAAACCCAUGAUCCAUUCAGGAGAAUUUCUGUCCGAUUUUCUGAUGAAUGUGGAAACUUUGAAGAGGCUGUGGAUUUGGGAGGCCCAAGGAGGGAGUUCCUUAGUUUUCUAAUGGAAGAAAUUGAAAAAUCUGCUAUGUUUGCAGGCCCAGAUGGACGAAAAAACCUUGCUCUUGACUCAGUUGCUGUCAGAGAAGACAGAUACUAUCUUGUUGGAAAAGCUAUAGCUGUCAGCAUGGUUCACGGGGGACCAUCUCCAGGAUUCUUUUCGUCCAUUUUAUUUGAAUGCAUCAGUAAUGGACAAGUCUCACCCACCAUAGAAGAUGUGAAUGACUUUGACUUGCAAGUUAAAAUCAAAAAGAUUUCAAAUGCUGCAUCCAUGGAGGAGUUAUGUGAGGCAACAGAGUGUAUGAGUGAAUACCUGGCAAAUGCAGGAUGCCUUCGAGCUGUAAAAUGCCUAAAAGACAAAGAUCUGCUUUUACAAGACAUCCUACUGUUCCAAGUUGUGAACAGACUCCAUGGUCCACUUGAACGUCUCAAGGAGGGCCUGAGGACUCUAGGAUUGUUGGCGGCUGUUGUUAAACAUAAAGAAGCCUUCAGACCCCUUUUUUGCAGCCCACAUCAGCCACUUACUGCAGACACCCUUGAUCGGUUAUUUGAUAUUCGCUACUCCAUUGCUGGAAGUAACAAGCGGGCAGAAGAAAACACUACAGUCGCAUUCUGGAGGGACUACCUUCUAGAUGCAGAAGAGGGCAACUCUAACUGCUCACUAGAAAAAAUUCUUAAAUUUGCUACGGGAUGUGGUGUUCUGCCAGCAAUUGGAUUAAAGCCACAGCCAUCCAUUGAGUUCUUACACCCUGUCGAUUCUUCACCUUGGUAUGCUACACCGAGAGAGAAGUUUCCAACUGCAAACACGUGCAUCAACUGCUUGCGUCUUCCUGUGCAUAAGAGCUACGAUAUGUUUAAGUCUAAUAUGGACUUUGCCAUUUGUAACACACAAGGGUUUGGUCAAGAGUAGGAUGAGAAAACUGAACUACUUUACUGAUAAGUCUGUUGUUGAUAAGUUUGUUGUUUUGGGUUUCAAAAAUUGAGAUCUAAAUUUACAUUCUGGAUAGUAAACAAAAACAAAAAAAUGUUUAAGGAGUUUAGAAGAAGUUAGUUGGUGACAAUCCAACAAGUUCUUGAAAAACAUUAAAUCCCAGUAAAUUUAAAGAGUUUUAUGCUGAAAGUGUUUUAAACAGUACUUAAUACUGAUUUAGAAAAAAAG